AUGUUUGAUAUGAGCACAACUCGGACUGCCGGCAGUCGAGUAGCCAUCAUCACAAGUCGUAUCUCCGAUGGGAAGGCCUGUGUACUAGCAAAUUAUCGCGGGGUUGGUCGACGCCUAGUCGAUUCGGCGUACGAGUUUUUGAAACCGGAAGAAGAAAGUCAGAAUCCAUUUCUAUGGGAAGCUGCUCGGUGCAGUGUCGCUGCUCCUUGGUUCUUCCAAACGAAAACUCUCCCUAGAUUUGGUCCGUUGCAGGAUGGGGGAGUGCGGGCCAACAAUCCCUUGGCAAUUGCACUGAAGGAAUCCGCUACUAUCUGGCCAUCGCAUGGAACACCUGAUUUGCUUGUAUCAGUUGGUACCGGUCUUUCUAUUCCCGAGUAUAAGGCUCAAGAUACCCCUCUAGGGAGUAUUCUUCAAGACGGAGCUGUUCCGCGCAUUAUCAGAGCAGCCAUGUCCUCGCCGUCCAUGGAUGGCGAGCAGGGGUUUUCCGAGGCACUCAAUUAUGUUCCAGACCGUAUGAGAGCGCAUAUAUUCCGACUCAAUCACGCUCUACCUUGGCCUUUACCUAGGCUAGAUGAUGUGGACAGAUUGAUAGAUCUUGCUGAAUCGUCAUACAGCGUCCCAGAUAAGCUCGUUCGUGCGAUACUGGCCACAGGCUUUUUAUUCUUGGAAUUAGACGAAAUACCUAUCAAAAUGCAAGGAAGCUUCUAUUGUGAAGGCUCAAUUCUCUGUUCAAGCCCUGAUGCUGGUGAUUUGAUUAAGAGGGUGCUCCUUGAGUUCCCGGGCGCUCGGUUCCAAACUGGGAGCGGAUACCAUCUUGGUCUGAUUGCCAACGAUGACGAGUGUCGGGGAUAUGGCUACUAUCGUAAAAAAGUGGCUUUUACAGUUAAUAGUCUGGAAGAGAUUAUUUCAAUUGAGAUUGCCAACUCUUCUUUCCGGCAUAAAAUUGGUGGCUUUCUAAAGUCGAUGUAG